GUCCGCAGAAGAUCCAUGAGACAAGCCAAGGCGUGUGUGGGCUGUCGCCAGGCCAAAGCCCGCUGCUCGCUUGCUGUGCCGUGCAAGCGGUGCGUCGAUCGCCGACUUGAAUGCUGCUAUUCCCAGCCGCGUCCGAGGUCUCGACACACUGGCUUCCGGCCGAUCAGGCCGGCAGAUGGCCUGGAUAGGGCUGCACAGCCUGUGAGGAGCGAUUUGGCAAUGAUACCAGAUGUCUCUCUCCAGAAUCAGCCCUCUCCCUUCCAUCUCAGCUGCCAUCUCGUCCCCGAUAUGCCCUUCUCCUUUCAGGACCUGCUGUCUCCAGGUUUUCACGAUUUGAUGAGUUUGAGUUCAACAUCGGACAGCCAACUCACUCUAACCACUACCAAGACUCUCCUUUUGCAGCGCGAGAGAUCCCUCCAGCAAGGCUCCUUAACGGCAAACAUGCUCUUCAGCAGGCUGACUGACUACGCCCGCAUGAUGGUCGACCACAAAACCCUCCCGCCCUUCAUCUAUCCCCCGUGCUCCCUCGGUGCCUAUCAAUGUCCCUCAGACACACCCCACCAGUGUCUGCCGGAAGCAUUGGCCGUGUGCUCCAAUCUUGUGUAUCUGUUUUAUCAGCGUAUACCGGGCAGUCAUGCUUCCAUAUGGAACCAGAUCCGUGCGCAUCUAGCACAACUGCGAGAUGAGGUGAGAGUAUCAGAUUUGAUAUAGAACUGAUGCUAACCAUUAGUAUGACUACUAUAAUAAGGAACAAAUGUUGCAGGCUCUGCAGGCAGUGAUAGUAUACGGCAUGUUAUGCGCGCAGUGCGCCGAGUCCGUACCUGAUGAUUCGACGUGGAUGGUUGACACGAUUGAAGUAUGCUUUUCCAUUUGACUAUUCAUGGUGUUGCUGACGAGUAGACAUUUGCUGAGACAUUAUUUGAUUUGCGCACAUGGGGAUUAGACGUCGACAGCCUUUCCCUCUCGCGCAGCCAAUGGGUCUUUAUUGAAAGCCUACGGAGGUGUGCACACAAGAAUAUGCUACUUGUUGUCACCACGACUGAUCUCCUAGGAUCGGCUGUCUUCUCUAUCUGUUCGACCUCCUCUUCAUAACAGACACCCAGACACCCUCCACCGGCGACUGCCCCGAGUUCUUCGACAUGCCGCUCC